AUGGGAGCUCCAAAGUCGCUAACUAGCACGGUUAAUGUUACAUCAUUUGGCUGGCCUGUUUAUUACUAUUUCAAGUUCAGCAAUGCAGAGAUUGACUGCAGUGACGACCUGAUUGUAGAUGGUGAUGAAUCUGCCGAAAAUAGGGAAGACAGCUUGCAAUUCCACAUCCAAAUCACGAAUUUUUUUGACGGUUUCAUACACCCGGCGCCGGUAUACCUUCCUGGUCAGAUACCAGUAUACUCGAACGCUGCAUUUCAAAUUCUAGGAUACAUCCCCGAAGACAGGAAUGGUGAAUCAUUUGAAUCUCUUCUCAAAAGCAAGAUCUUCGAGCCCUUAAGGAUGUCUAACAGCAGCCUUUUUGGACCCCGAGAUACGAUCAACGGGGUGAUAUCCGGCAACCUGAAGGAGAGUGGUUGGGCUAUCAACUUUGGCGGAGGAGCUCCAUAA